AUGAGCUCCGACGACAGAGAUCAUCGCUGGUUCAACAACCAAAACCACCACUCGUUCUGGCCCAGUCCUUCUACUAACGACCUCAACAGCAAGAUCAUGCUCGCCGCCGUCGUCUCUUUAUCCGCCGUUAUCCUCAUCGUCUUCACUCUUCAUCUCUACGCAAGAUUCGUUCUCCGUCGCCGUAGAGAAGCUCUCCGUCGCCUCGGCCUCCCCGUCGUGUUCCAGCACCCUUUUCAGACGCCAAAACGUGGCCUCGACCCAACUGUCAUAGCUUCUCUCCCUACUUUCACCGUCGGUGACGUGGCGGCUCCAACUGAAUGUUCGGUGUGUCUAAGCGUUUUGGAGGAGCAAGACACGGCGAGAGAGCUGCCGAAUUGCAAACACGUCUUCCACGUCGACUGUGUUGACAAGUGGCUCACCACUUGCUCCACUUGUCCUGUUUGUCGGACUGAUGUUCAGCCAAGACCGACACUUGAGCCUGAGCCAAGAGAAGGACCAGUCGGCGACGGUGCUGCACCACCACCAACUGCACCGCCGUUGUUGGGGGAAGUUAGGGUGAAUAUGUCGGCGGAAGCGGUGGCGUCAUCUUCUUCGUCGUGUAACAAAACAGUUGGAUCAUCGGUCUCACGAUUAGAUUCGUUUAGGAGGAUCAUGACAAGGGAAAGAUCAUCGAACAGGAUCAAUCACUCUUGUGUUGACAAUGAUCGUGUAGCGGAUGUUGAGAGACAUUGA